CCAUUUCAUCCGCUCGUCCGCGUCCGUCAACAUCCCACUUAACGUUUUUUUUUUUCCAUUUCGGUUUCUAGCGCACACGAAGGCUGCGACUCGGCUUCACACACAAACAAACAAACACACAUACACGGCCAUUUAUCACAUUUGAAAGCCGCCAUUACAAAACACGAAACGGGAGCAGAGCGUAGACGACGAUAUUAUUAUCCACCCAGCGGCGACGACAUCGAUACCAACACCAGCAAACGUCGUAAAACAGGCGCGCGUGUUCGUCGUCGUGGCAGCCCCUCGAAACCCACAAACAGACAACACACACACACAUAUACAAACACGCUCAUUUCUACUCUACACACACGCAUACUAAGGCGCAGCCACAUCGGCUCCAACCAACUCUUCCGCCCAGCCGCCGCUCCUCUCCUAACCGACAACCCAAUUCUGCCCCUGUCCGCUCACAGUUCGGUUUUCGUGAUCGUGCUCUCGUUCGUGCCCGACGUCGCGACGCUGGCUGCGGCAGCGACAGCAAAAGCAACAAACAUUAACAUUCAGGGACAACGACAACACGGCGACGGCGUCUGCGUCGACAUCCCUACGUUUCAGUUCUGAUUGGAGAUUCGUGCGCCGCCGUUGCUUGCACGCGGCAAUUGCUCAGCUCAGCUGUGAAUUGUGUAUUGAGUUAUUUUCAAUUCCGUUUUCAACCUAUUCACAACUGUUGCAACUCUCGCCUGACUUUGCCUUUUUGCAAUAACAAAAGAAUAUCGACGAAUUAUACGAUCAAGAAUAACGGCGAAUAGAAGAAAUCCGAAAUCUGAAACAGUGCCUCAAGUGUGUGUGCUAACAGUUAUUUAGCAAAACAAAAAGAACGAAAAAAAAAAAACGUGAAAUCCAAUACAAAAUAAACUUUCCAACGCAACAACAAGUUAAAGACAACUAGGAGCGGAUUACUAAAGCUGUCAAAAACGCUUUCUUUGAUAACCACGUCAAAAUGUUAAGGAACUAUUUAAACUAAAAAGGACGUCAAGGAUAUUUGUUAAUAUAAACAUUGCAUGCAACACAUAAGCGUACGGCAUUGGCCGAACCACGAGCACAUUUCCAACGCCCAAUUGACGUAACUGUAAAAUUAAAAUCCACACAAAACGGCUUCCAAAUGAAGAUGGCAUCUCAACGAUUUUGUUUGCGCUGGAAUAAUCAUCAGAGCAAUCUGUUAUCCGUCUUCGAUCAGCUGCUGCACGCUGAGACCUUCACAGAUGUGACGCUGGCCGUCGAGGGUCAGUACCUGAAGGCACACAAGAUGGUGCUAUCCGCCUGCAGUCCAUAUUUCAAUGCACUGUUUGUGAAUCAUCCGGAAAAGCAUCCGAUUGUCAUAUUGAAAGAUGUGCCCUAUUCGGAUAUGAAAUCCCUGCUGGACUUUAUGUAUCGAGGCGAGGUGUCUGUCGAUCAGGAACGCCUAACCGCCUUUUUGCGCGUUGCCGAAAGUCUGCGCAUCAAGGGCCUCACUGAGGUCAACGAUGACAAGCCCACCUCAGCGGAAACCGCCCCGGCGCCGCCUCAAUUGCAGCGCAUACAGCCGUACGUGGUGCCGCAGCAGCGCAAGCAACAGUCCAAUGUCUUGGCCGCCAAUGCUGCAGCGGCCGCCCUGCAGGCAGCCACGCAACAGCAGCAGCAACAGCAACAGCAGCAACAACAACAACAGCAGCUACAGCAAACAUCGCUGCUGAGCACAGCGCUGAUGCCCAAACGCAAACGGGGCAGACCUCGCAAACUCUCGGGCAGCUCGAAUGGCACGGGCAACGACUACGACGAAUACGAGCGCGAGGGCGUUAUGAAUGACUCCGAUAUGGGCAAUGGCAAAUUGUGUAAUGACUCCUACUCCGGCAACGAUGAUGGCUCCGAUGACAACCAACAAGAAUCUGCCCACCACGAUGAACUGAAUGAAAGCCGCGACUCGUUGCCCACAAAGAGAUCAAAGAGCGGGAAAGAUCAGCGCAUGGCACAGCAAGAUGACAACAGCACUUCCGCCACGCCCGAGCUCUCGCAGCGUUUGUUUGGUUUGGCAUCCACGCAAAUCUCCACGACGACAGAGACGUCGCCAUCAUCUGCACGGGACUCCUGCGACAUGGGCGCCUCGGCACCCUUGCACCUGCCUACCAUCUUGGGCUUGAAGAUACGUCCGAUUAAUACCAGCAAUCAGUCGCAGUCGCAGUCGCAGUCACAGUCUCAGUCACAAUCCCAGUCACAGUCACAGUUACAGUCAAAAGCUCUGCACAACAACAGCAACAACAAUAAUAGCAAUAUCAAUAGCAAUUCACUGCUCAAGCAGCAGCUGCGUGGUGGCCCCAAGGAUCCGGAUACGUUAGUGUCGCUGGCGCUGCCAGCAACGUCCAUCGAGGAGCCCAACGAGCAGGAGAACAGCUGCAGCGCGUUGCAGUCGCUGGCCAAUGCUGCAGAGCGGCAAGCGCAGCAGGCGUCCAGCAGCAGCGGCAACAACAACAACAACAACAACAGCAACAGCAGCAACAACAAUAACAAUUCCAGUCUGCAUCAGCAGCUGCUGCUGCACAUGGCUGCCACGGGCAAUCCGCUGCUCAAGUCGGACUUUUAUCAGGCGCAGCAAUCACAGGCGCAACAACAGCCUCCACAACCGCCCGCAACGCCACCUCCGGCCGAGUCCAGUUAUGCGGAUGAAGACCUCGAAUUGCUUUGUGUGGCGGAUAAGAGCGACGAAACGGAUCAUGAGCUGUUGACGCUAGCCGACGAGAAUGCAGGCCUGCCCGGCUAUACGCCCGGACAUGAAUCCUUUGAGGAGCCGCUGCCCACCAUUGAGCGCAGUCCGCCUCGUUCGCGCGCAUCCGGCACGGCCAAGCGGCCCAUCCAGCGACGACGUGUGCGACGCAAGGCGCAAUCGACCAUCGACGAUCAGGCCGAGCAUCUGACGGAAAUGUCGGUGCGGGGCUUGGAUCUGUUUCGGUAUGCGAGCGUGGUCGAGGGCGUCUAUCGGUGCACCGAGUGCGCCAAGGAGAACAUGCAGAAGACCUUCAAGAACAAAUACAGUUUUCAGCGUCACGCGUUUCUCUAUCACGAAGGCAAGCACCGCAAGGUGUUCCCCUGCCCGGUGUGCUGCAAGGAGUUCUCCCGGCCGGACAAAAUGAAGAAUCAUCUCAAGAUGACGCACGAGAAUUUCACGCCGCCCAAGGACAUCAGCGGCUUCAGUCCGCUCAAGUAUCUGAUCUCUGCGGCAGCAGCGGGCGACAUGCACUCCACAAUCUACCAGCAACAGCAGCAGCAACAGCUGGAGCAGCAGCAACAACUCGAACAGCAACAACUCGAGCAGCAGCAACAGCUCGAGCAGCAGCAGCAACAGUUGGAGCAUCAGCAACAACAACAAUUGGAGCAGGAGCAACUGCUGUUGCUGCCUGAUGUCAAGCAGGAGCAGCUGGAAACGGAUCAACAGCUAACCGCCUAUUCAGCACCUGCCACGCCCACAACAGCAGCGGCCGCAAUGCUUAGUUUGCAGCAUGACGUCAUCAUCAAAAACGAAAUACAAAUCUCGCCAUCGCCAUCGCCCCCACCGCCAGCCAUGUACGGAGUGGGGGGCGAGGGCAAAAGCCUGACGCCAGUGCCCACAGGUGUCAACUGAGGGGGUAGAAAGGGAGAGAGAGAGAGCGGGAGAG